CGGGGCGGGGGCGGGUGAUCACAGCCCCGCACACCCAUGGGGGUGGAGGAGAAGGGGGCCAGCCGGCGGCAGGAAUUCAGCCUCGGGCUGGGGGCUGUCAGCAAGGGGGAUUUCUCCUCCAUGAAAAAGAACUGGGGACCUUGCCACCCCACCCUUUUCGCUGGGCUUCUUAAAGGGAUCACAUCGGUUUUCCUUUGAUUCCAUGGAAGCCAGGUUUGGGACACUCCGUGGAGACUUUGAACCUUUCCUUCCUGCUGCCUUCCCAGCUGGCAGCCUUCCUCUGGCUGAGUGAGAGGGGGCCUCCCAGGCAUGGCACUGACCAACCUACCCAGUGCUGACUUGGCUCCUGGGUUCCUUCGGCCUUGGGUGGCAUCUGGCUUACCCCCUCCUGGGGCGCGGCGGUGGUGAGUCCAGGGGCCCAGCCCUGAGCUGCUUGGAGAGAGUCGCUGGCACCCACCAUCGGCCUCUCCCCCAAGCUGGAGGACGGUGAGGUGGUCAGGGCUACGAUGAGAUGAGUGGGGGCCGCUUUGACUUUGAUGAUGGCGGGGCGUACUGUGGGGGCUGGGAGGGGGGGAAGGCCCACGGGCACGGACUGUGCACGGGCCCCAAGGGCCAGGGCGAAUACUCGGGCUCCUGGAACUUUGGCUUUGAAGUGGCGGGCGUCUACACCUGGCCCAGUGGAAACACCUUCGAGGGAUACUGGAGUCAGGGCAAACGGCACGGGCUGGGCAUAGAGACCAAGGGACGCUGGCUCUACAAGGGCGAGUGGACGCACGGCUUCAAGGGACGCUACGGAACCCGGCAGAGCAGCAGCAGCGGUGCCAAGUACGAGGGCACCUGGAAUAACGGCCUGCAGGACGGCUACGGCACCGAAACCUAUGCAGAUGGAGGUGACACGUGGAGUUGCAGAGCCGAAGAAGUUGGGGAUAUGUCUGGUGGAGUCAGCAGGACACAGAUGGCAGUUAUAAACACACCAGAUGAUGCAAUCACCCCGCGACGGUGGGGAGGAGGUUGUGGACAGCGCCCUGGGGAGCACAGCCUGUUAGGGUGGGUGCGGAAUAUGAAGACAUUUUCCUCACACUCUCGGAGCCUCGUGAGCUUCGGCAACCCCGCACUCCGGGCCCGCGAUGGCGAGGUCCACUCCCGCCCCGGCACCCCUGGCGAGCGCUCCAGCGGCCUCCGCUACGAGGGCGAGUGGCUGGACAACCUGCGCCACGGCUACGGCUGCACCACGCUGCCCGACGGCCACCGCGAGGAGGGCAAGUACCGCCACAACGUGCUGGUCAAGGGCACCAAGCGCCGCGUGCUGCCGCUCAAGAGCAGCAAGGUCCGCCAGAAGGUGGAGCACAGCGUGGAGGGCGCCCAGCGCGCCGCCGCCAUAGCGCGCCAGAAGGCCGAGAUCGCCGCCUCCAGGACAAGCCACGCCAAGGCCAAAGCUGAGGCAGCGGAACAGGCUGCCCUGGCUGCCAACCAGGAGUCCAACAUUGCCCGCACUUUGGCCAGGGAGUUGGCGCCGGACUUCUACCAGCCAGGUCCAGAGUAUCAGAAGCGCCGGCUGCUCCAGGAGAUCCUGGAGAACUCGGAGAGCCUGCUGGAUUCCCCCGACAGGACCCCUGGAGCCGCGGGCCUCCCGGAGCGGCCCCGCGAGAGCCCGGAGCUGCACGAGCGCGAGACUCCUGGGCCCGAGGGUGGCCCCCCGUCGCCGGCCGGGACGCCCCCGCAGCCCAAGCGGCCCCGCCCGGCCACGGAGUCCAAGGACGGCCUGCUGAGCCCGGGCGCCUGGAACGGCGAGCCCGGCGGCGAGGGCAGCCGGCCGGUCACGCCGUCCGAGGCCGCGGGCCGCCGCAGCCCCGAGCCCGAGAGCCCCGCGGCCGACUCCGCGCCCGCAUCCCCGGCCGCCGCCCCCGGGACGGCGUCCCCGCCCCGGGGCCCCGAGCCCGCGCCCGAGAGCCCCGCCAAGCUGGAGCCCAAGCCCAUCGUCCCCAAGGCGGAGCCCAAGGCCAAAGCCCGCAAGACAGAGGCCCGAGGGCUGACCAAGGCCGGGGCCAAGAAGAAGGCUCGGAAGGAGGCAGCGCUCGCAGCGGCGGCCGAGGUGGAGGUGGAGGAGGUCCCCAACACUGUCCUCAUCUGCAUGGUGAUACUGCUUAACAUCGGCCUGGCCAUCCUCUUCGUUCACCUCCUGACCUGACUUCGGCCACCAGAGCCAGGAGCUCCUGCUGAGGACGCAUGGACCCAUCUUUUUGCAGUGCCAGGCAGGGCGGCUGAGGAGGACUGGACUCUGGACCUGGGUGCCGGGGGUCCAGCUGGCGUCCCCACCACAGACGUUUAAGGAGGCGUCCCAUGGCACCCAUGCCAGAUGGCCCGUGGUGCCCAGAGGAGCAGAAUGUGCUGGGCGCCCUCCGGAAACUCUGCACAGCGGCAGGGAAAGCCCUGGAGGCAGAGCCCUAGGCCCUUGGACUCCCUGAUCUACUCUGUCCCUCAUCCUCAUCCACUGCCUCCUCACCCCUAGGUCACCCCUAGGUCACCCCUCCCUGGGCUUUUAUGUGUUUCAAGAGAAGUCACCAAGCCCGGAUAUUAAUAUUAAACCCCAGCCCCUUCUUUCUACCCUCCCUUGCUUUAUUUUAACCUCUGGCUGCUGGGCUGAGGCCUCCCAGGCAAGCAGAGGGAGUGGGGAGAUCCCUGGAGCAGGAGGGGCGGCGAAGGACACGCGCUCAGACAGCGCACGGACUCCUGUCGCAGUCCGGACCUGCCCACACUCUGUCUCUUGCUUACAGGUAUUCUGGAUGACAGUAGAGGAAAUGGACAUGUUCAGUUUGAAUCUCCCAGGAUACAGUGCUCCUGUCUCCUCCCACCGGUCCAGUCAGCUUCCCUUCUGGACCAAUAGAAGAGGGGGAGAUGUGAGGAACUGGGGCCUUAGGCUGGGAAGCCGCUGACCAGGUGGCCAGGGGGGAGGGGUGGGAAGAAGGGCUAAGGGCAGUUAGGGUGGCCCUGUUUCUGAGUGUGCCUGAGCCUAAGGCUGGCGUUGCACGUGGGGCUUCCAGGAUGCCGAGGGUGAGAAGGGGUCCUGCAGGAGCCCUGGGGCCGGUGAGAUGAAGCUCCCAGAAUGCCCUGUGAACUGGUCUGUUCGCUUCCCAUCCCAGGAGCCACUGGAGGCUUAGGGGAGCAUAGCAUGGAAGCCCAGACAGAUGUCGCUAGGGCGGACUCUCAGGCAGGUGCUGAAGACAGGCUGUUAGUCAACAGGCAUGUCCCAGGGAGGGAGGAGCAAGUCCAGGGCUCCCACUGGGCACAGUCUGUGUGACAAGCCCCUCGGCUUGCUUGGCAGAGAUGGUAUUUGCAUGUAGCCCAUUACAGAUGUUUGGUACCACACUGGUUCUCCGUGUCCCAGUGCUUGCUGGGGGUGGGUGGAGGCUGAGGACUGUGCCUCUGUCCCUGGGAGGAUGGAGGGAGGGUUUUCCCUCCCUCCAUCCUCAGAGCCUGGGAAGGACAAGGUGAUGGCAUCCAAGCAGAGCUGGAGGGAGCAGCUGCCCUCCCACCUUUGUUUCUUUGCUCUUUGGGGACUGGGGGAUUGUGACCUGGCCUCCUGAGGGCAGCUCUUCGACCUGAAGUUUGCUUCUGAUGGGGCCAGCUUUCCCUUCCUCCCUCAGUACUUGGGAACCUUCCCUCUGGCUUCACACUUGCUGUUUGAAGCACCACUGGGGCCUUGAGGUUGGAACCUUGGACUGCGUUUCUGCAGAGAGGAGCCCGUGGGUUUUCCCAUUAUCUAGGGGCUCGCUGUCUGUGUGGGGGCUUUUCAGGACUCCUAGGGAAUAGGGGGGUGGGGGUGGGCUGGGGGCACUGCUCAGGGCUGACAGGCUCCAGGCCUCGGCUCUGAGAUCGUGGUUCAAGGAUUUUGGUCUGGCUCAGGCCUGGGGAUAAGCCUUUGGCUGCCAGAACUCCGGGACCUUGUUUGGGGGCUGGUGUUUGGGGUGAGGGUUCAGGAAGCUGCCAUCUGUGCAAAUAAUAAACCUGCAUCUGCUCACAGGCUC